GGGGUUUCGGCAAAUCGUGACGACGGGGCCGCGGCAGCGCUUCCGCUGCAACCAAUCGGUGAGAGCGUCUCUCACGGGGGGGGGUCGGCGGCAGUGCGUGGAAACGGACAACAACCAUGGCGGACGAUCAUGCUGAUUCAAUUGGCGAAUCAAAUGUGGAAGGACAAAUGCAGGUAACCGAUAAUCCUCAUGCCGAAUAUGGCCUUACGGAUCAUGUGCAGAGGAUAGUUGAGAAUGAGAAACUGAACGCAGAGAAAACAUCAAAACAAAAAGUGGAUCUGCAAUCCCUUCCAACUCGGGCAUAUCUGGAUCAAACUGUGGUACCCAUUCUUUUGCAAGGCCUUUCAGUUCUGGCAAAAGAAAGACCUCCAAAUCCUAUAGAGUUCCUGGCGGCUUACCUUCUGAAGAAUAAAUCGCAGUUUGAAGAGAGAAAUUAACUUGGUGAUAGACAAGCAAAAUUUACACACCAGUUCAGAUUUGCCAGUGGCAUGGAGUUGUGAAACAACUGAAGCUGCAUAUCACUACUUGUGAAAACAAAUAAAGGGGAACAAAUGCAGAAAGCCAAAAUAUAGAUAUAGACAGUAUGGCCCAUUAUCUGUGUAAGGCGUGAUUGAGUGAAGUGGCUACUGAAAUAUUUUCUGUAAUUUAUAUAACCAUUAUGCUGUUAAAUAAACCAGUUUUGUUUUUA